AUGGCGACGCCGGGGAUACAGAAUGGAGGCGUUUCCGUGAUUCCGGCCGCGCCUGUGGCGGCGCCGGUGGAUUCUAACGGCCACUCGGCUGCGGCGCUGAGGCUUGCUUCUCCGAUUAGGAUCUUUUCGUUCUUCCACAAGGCCAUUCGGGCGGAGCUGGCCGGGCUCCACCGGACCGCCCUGGCUCUGGCCACCAACAGGAGCGGCGGGGACAUUAAACAGUUGGUGGAGAAGUGCCAUUUCUUGAGGUCGAUUUACAGACACCAUUGCAAUGCCGAAGAUGAGGUUAUAUUUCCUGCGCUAGAUAUCCGUGUGAAGAAUGUGGCUCGAACUUAUUCGCUUGAGCAUGAGGGAGAAAGUGUGCUCUUUGAUCAGCUGUUUUCAUUGCUCGGAAGUGAAAUGAAGAAUGAAGAAAGUUAUAAGCGAGAGUUGGCCUCUUGUACAGGGGCUCUUCAAACCUCAAUCAGUCAGCACAUGUCUAAGGAAGAGGAGCAGGUCUUCCCAUUGCUUACUGAGAAGUUCUCGUUUGAAGAGCAGGCAUCGUUAGUGUGGCAAUUCUUGUGCAGCAUUCCUGUAAAUAUGAUGGCAGAAUUUUUGCCAUGGCUUUCAUCGUCAAUUUCAUCUGAUGAACGGCAGGAUAUGCGUAAAUGCUUGCACAGAAUAAUCCCUGAUGAGAAGCUACUGCAACAGAUUAUAUUCAAUUGGAUGGAUGGAGUAAAGAUAAGCAACAAGCGGAAACGCAGCGAUGAUGAUCCUAGACUUGCUGGCAGCUCAGUAAAUCCAACUGAGAAUGGACAUUGCCCUUGUGAGUUGUCUUGGGCUGCCACAAAAGAUUUUCUGCUGUCUGAUUGUAAUGAUGUCAGACCUUCACCAUCUCACCCAGUGGAUGAUAUAUUGCAUUGGCAUAAGGCUAUUGAAAAGGAGCUGAAUGAUAUUGCUGAAACAGCCAGAAGUAUAAAGUUAACAGGAGAUUUCUCUGAUUUAUCUGCGUUUAACCAGAGGCUUCAAUUUAUAGCCGAAGUGUGUAUCUUUCACAGCAUAGCUGAGGACAGCGUUAUAUUCCCUGCUGUAGAUGCAGAAAUGUCUUUUGUUGAGGAGCAUGCGGAAGAAGAGAGUGAAUUCAACAAGUUCAGAGGCUUGAUUGCAAGUAUUGAAAGUGCUGGUGCAAACUCAUCAGCUGAAUUUUAUUCUGAAUUGUGCUCACAAACUGACCAUAUAAUGGAGAUCGUGAAGAAACAUUUUCUUAGUGAGGAACUUCAGGUUCUUCCACUUGCAAGAAAGCUUUUCAGGCCCGAGCGGCAGCGGGAACUUCUUUACCAGAGCUUGUGUGUUAUGCCGUUGCGAUUGAUUGAAUGUGUCUUGCCAUGGUUGGUUGGAUCAUUGAGUGACGAGGAGGCUCAGUGCUUUCUUUCUAACAUGCAUCUGGCAGCUCCCUCAUCAGAUACUGCUUUGGUAACGUUGUUCUCUGGCUGGGCUUGCAAAGGUCGUCGUAGGGGAACCUGUUUAUCCUCUAGUGCAAUUGGCGGUUGUCCUGCCAAGGUGCUUAAUGAAAUGCAAUUUGGCAGCUUGUGUCAUAACUGUCCCUGUUCAGGUAUCUCCAAUGCAAGUAUGGAUAUAAGAAAAGCUCAGAAUUGUCAGAAGACUAUCGAGCAGGGAAACUUAUCUGUGGAAAGCAAUUCUUCUAAUUCUUCAGAAAUGGAAUCUCGGAAUGUCUCUGCCAGUAACCAGUCGUGUUGUGUUCCUGGGUUAGGGGUCAACAGCAGUAGUCUAGGAAUCAAUUCCUUAGCCACAGCAAAAUCUUUGCGCUCAUUAUCUUUUGGUUCAAGUGCCCCUUCUCUCAAUUCCAGUCUUUUUAACUGGGAAACGGAUAAUACCUUCACUGUCGGUGGUCUCAGAACACGGCCGAUUGAUAACAUUUUUAAAUUUCACAAAGCAAUUCGGAAGGACUUGGAAUUUUUAGAUGUCGAGUCUGGGAAACUUGGCGACUGCAAUGAAAAUUUUCUCAGACAGUUUACUGGUAGAUUUCGACUUCUAUGGGGUUUGUACAGAGCGCACAGUAAUGCAGAAGAUGACAUUGUGUUCCCUGCCUUAGAAUCAAAGGAAACUCUUCAUAAUGUCAGCCAUUCCUACACCUUGGACCACAAGCAGGAAGAAGAACUGUUUGAGGAUAUCUCAUCCGCCCUAGCUGAGCUUUCUCUGCUUCAUGAGAAUUUGAAUGCAAAAAAUGUAGCUGGGGAUCUGGGCGAAAAUCUUGCCAGUUCUUUAGCUCGUGAUGAUUGUUUAAAAAAAUAUAGUGAGCUGGCUACAAAGAUUCAGGGCAUGUGCAAAUCCAUUAAAGUAACUCUGGACCAUCACGUUAUGCGUGAGGAGGUCGAGCUCUGGCCAUUGUUCGAUAGGCAUUUCUCAGUCGAGGAGCAAGACAAACUUGUCGGUCGUAUAAUUGGCACAACGGGGGCUGAGGUUCUUCAGUCAAUGCUACCUUGGGUAACGGAUGCUCUCACUCAGGAGGAGCAGAAUAAAAUGAUGGACACUUGGAAGCACGCGACCAAGAACACUAUGUUCACCGAGUGGCUUAACGAAUGGUGGGGGGAGAAGCCAGAAGUUUCAUUACAGGCAUCCACAUCAGAUAGUAUCUCACAAGAGCACAAUAUGCAUGAAUCACUGGAUCAAAACGAUCAGAUGUUUAAGCCCGGGUGGAAAGAUAUUUUCAGAAUGAAUCAAAAUGAGCUUGAAUCAGAGAUAAGGAAGGUUUCCCGUGAUUCUUCUCUUGAUCCAAGAAGAAAAGCUUAUCUUAUCCAGAACCUGAUGACCAGUCAGUGGAUAGCUUCACAGCAGAAGUUCUCGCAAUCAGGAACUAAUGUGGAUGAUGAUGAUUUACUCGGGAGGUCUCAAUCUUAUCGUGAUUCUGAGAAAACUAUAUUAGGAUGUGAGCAUUACAAAAGAAACUGCAAGCUUCGUGCUGCUUGUUGUGGAAAACUAUUUGCAUGCAGGUUCUGCCAUGAUGAAGUCAGUGACCAUUCAAUGGAUAGGAAGGCAACGUCCGAAAUGAUGUGUAUGAAUUGCUUACAAGUACAGCCAGUUGGGCCAGCUUGCAGAACUCCUUCUUGCAAUGGGCUUUUGAUGGCGAAGUACUAUUGCAGUAGCUGCAAAUUUUUUGAUGAUGAAAGGGAGGUUUAUCAUUGCCCGUUCUGCAAUUUGUGCCGUGUUGGAAGGGGUCUUGGCAUAGACUUCUUCCAUUGCAUGACGUGCAAUUAUUGUCUGGGAAUGAAAUUAGUGGACCACAAGUGCAUGGAGAAAAGCCUGGAAACCAACUGCCCAAUCUGCUGCGAUUUUUUGUUCACAUCAAGUGCAACAGUGAGGGGUCUUCCAUGUGGUCAUUACAUGCAUUCUGCCUGUUUCCAGGCAUAUGCCUGCACACAUUACGUCUGUCCUAUUUGCAGCAAGUCGAUGGGAGACAUGUCGGUCUACUUUGGCAUGCUCGAUGCUUUAAUGGCUUCGGAGGUGCUCCCUGAAGAAUAUAGAAACCGUUGUCAGGAUAUCUUAUGCAACGACUGUGAUAGAAAAGGAACAGCAUCGUUUCAUUGGCUGUAUCAUAAGUGCAGCUUCUGUGGUUCAUACAAUACGAGAGUAAUCAAGGUGGAUAGAGACGACAAUUGUUCCACGUAG